GCAAGCCAAAACGUUACAGAGACAACUGUAGAUAAAUCAUGAGUUAGCUCUCCAUUUUUGGCGCCAACAUGGCAGAACACGGCGUCUCUAGUAUGACUAGUAAACCGGUGGUUUUAGUGGACUUUGAGGCGGAGGUUUCACAGAGGUUGAUUGAUGCUCUGCAUCACGACGACGAGAAGCUGGCGCUGGAAUGUCUGGCAGAUCGGUUCGUCGACGUGAAUUUCAUCGGAACGUGCGGAGUAGAUGUCAACGCAACUCAUAGGGUUCUGCUUCGUUCUUUAAAGCCUUCUCUUUAUACCGAUGUUGAUUGUACUGCAUUGGCUGCUGCUGUUGUCAACAGACACAUUUCUGUUGUUAAAUUGCUAUUAGAGGCUGAAAUCAAGAUGGAUCAAAAGGUGAAAUUGGGAGCAUGGAGUUGGGACAUUGACACAGGGGAAGAAUUUAGGGUAGGUGCAGGACUAGCAGAGGCCUACCCUAUCACCUGGUCCGCAGUGGAGUAUUAUGAAGGCAGCGGUGCCAUCGUGCGGAUGCUCCUCCAACACCUCUCCCCCAAUGCCCUUCAUGGCGGGAGGACUGUCCUCCACCAUGCCAUCUUAUGCAACAAUGCUAGAGCUGUAGAAGUUCUUUUGAAUAAUGGUGCUGAUGUAGAAUGUCCGAGUAGUACCACUUCCAAAAUAGGGCUCCACCCUGUUCAUUUGGCUGCGCGGCUUGGAUUUGCUAAUGUUCUUCACUGCCUGAUUGUAGCCGGCUCUAAUCUCAAUUCCCAGUCAGCAACAGGAGAAACUGCCUUGAUGAUUAGUGCUAGACACAAGCAUGAGGAAUGCUUCAAAGCUCUGGCCUUGAAGGGGGCUGAUUUUGGAUUGGUGGAUUCUGCUAGCCAAAGUGUAGUCUCAAUUGCAGGGUUAACGAAGUGGACUAAUGGUUUUCGGAAAGCAGUACUUGACUUAAUUCGAGCAGGGAAGAUACCUCAAUCAAGCAAUUCCACAGUCUUCUCUCCAUUGAUUUUUGUGACUCAAGCAAAUGACCUCGAGGCCUUGAAGAAACUCAUUGAGAAAGCAGACACUGACCUUGAUGAACGAGAUGUGGAUGGAUAUUCUGCUGCAAUUGUAGCUGUAACGUGUGGCAAUGUAGAAGCUUUCAAAUUGCUUCUCUAUGCCGGUGCAGAUGUAAAGUUGAGAAACAGCAAUGGUGAGACAGCGAUCAGCCUGUCACACUCAAACCCAAACAGUGAAGCAUUUGAUAGAAUAAUGCUCGAGUACACACUCCAAGAAGGCAAUAGAUUAUCGGGAUUUCAUGCACUGCAUCGAGCGGCGCUCCGUGGAGACUUGAACUCACUUCACAUCUUAAUAAAGAGAGGGUAUGAUGUUAAUGCCUUUGACGGUGAUGGAUACACCCCACUCAUGUUGGCAGCAAGUGGAGGCCACGGCGGAGCAUGUCAAGUCCUAAUUUCUUGUGGCGCAAGGUGUGACUUGGAGAACGGAAGGCAUGAGACAGCACUGUUGUUGGCCAGGAAAAAUGGCGAAGGCAAUGUAACGGAGCAGGUAAUUCUAGACGAACUUGCUCGAAAACUCGUUGUCAGUGGAGGUCGGGUAAACAAGCACACGAGGGGGGGAAAGGGGAAACCCCAUGUAAAAAUGUUGAGCAUGGUGUGGGCUGCUGGGGUACUACGGUGGGGGAAGUCCAGAAAGAGGAAUGUGAUAUGUAGGGCGGUGGAGGUCGGGCCUAGUAUGAGGCUCCGGUGGAAUAGGCGGAGGAAGUUUGAUGUGGAAGAACCCGGAAUCUUCCAUGUUGUGACUACGAAGAACAAGGAGGUGCAUUUUGUAUGUCAGGGUGGGGCGGAGAUGGCUCAGCUUUGGGUGAGAGGGAUCAAACUUGUAACAAUGGAAACCGUUUUGGGAUGAAAAAGACUUAAAUUGGAAUUUUUUUUUUUUUUUUUACUUUUUUGUUUUAUAUUUCCUAGGGAUUUACCAAAAAAUUUUCUAAGGGACAUGUAGUCUUACUUCAUGCAUUGUAAUUUUGUAAAGUAUUUAAGUUUAGAAAAACAUCUUGCAAGGGAGCUGGUGGUAGGAAUGGCAACGAGCCGAAUCUGUGUAUUAGGAAGCUUAUGCUCUUCUCGUUUAAAAUGCUAAAAAUGCUAAACUCAGGUUUGGCAUAAAUAGGAACAUUCAAG